AUGAAUGAGCUCACACCCAGCCAUCCCGCGCCCCCGCCAGCGCCAACGCAGGCGCAGGCGCAGACGCGCGGGCUGGCCCCGCCCUCCUCCUACGCCUUCGCCAUGAACGCCAACGUCGUGAACUUCGCCGCCACGGACCGCAAAAGCUUCCAGCAAGGAGUUCCUCCUCGUGGCGGAGUCAGCGUCGGCGUCAACAACUUGGGGUCGGCAAAGUACCAGUCGCCGCAGAGUCUGCAGCAGGUGAUCGACUACCACGCGGGGCCCUACGCGCCGGCAGCUAACUUCUCGCACCUCAAGAGCCCAGCGGACAAUCGGCCAACCAACAACGGAGCCAAGUUCGACUACACGCCGCCGAGUCAGCAGUAUUCGACGCAGCAUCAGCAGCAACAGUCCUACGCUGCGCCAUACGGAUACCCAUCCUACGCGCAGAAUUACGGCAGCACCGGAGACUACCAGCAACAGCAGCAGCAACAACAACAGCAACAACCGCAACAGCAGCAGUACCAUGGUGGCUACGCUCAAGUCGGCGAGUCAAAUCCCUUGGGCAUGCUGGUGAGUUCGGCCACGAACCCACAGGCGCCUCCUCCUGCUGAUGCCAUGCCGCACGAGCACGUAAAUAUCGGCCUCAAGGACGCGGGAGACCGCAAGUUCAGGCAGCCGUACAAUGUGGUGGCAACCGACUCGUUCCUGAGCUCCAGCGGCGGCUACGUGCACGGCGUCGAGCGUCCUGGCAACGUGGUGCAGCUCAAGACGACUCCGAGCAGCUCGCAGCAGCAUCCGAUGUACCAGCGCUCCAACAUGUACGGCGGUGGAGCUCCGUACUACUCGCAGCAGGUGCAGCAGCAGCAACAGCGGACACAAGAGCCGUCGACGCAGCACAGUUCAUUGGAUCUGGUGCCUCCAACUGCCGCGGCAAUGGGAACUAGCUUCGAUGCUAACGGGACUGGAGCUGCUUCUUCCAGUAUGGGACGGGGCAUGAGCAGUGGCGUCAGUGGAAUGUUUAGUGCUGGAUCCCGCAUGCCGCAGUUCAGUCCGAGUGGUCCAGGGUCUUCCCUGACGACGCGGUUGAAGGACGGAGGCGUGGAUAUCUCGUCUGGAGCUUCGUCCAAUGGCAACCACCUGCCGUUCAUGCAGCAGCAGCAGUCUGUCGCGAAGUCGCUUGGUGCUACGCACCCGACCACGCUCUACUCAGAUGUGGCGAGCUCCACCACGUCCAUGGCGAUGGUGAGUCUUGGCUCGGAUGGUCCAACAACGACAUCGGUCAAUGCGAACGCGUUGUACCCGCCGUCGUUGGCACCACCGACAUCUCAGCUCAGCACCAGCAGUGAAGACUCGUGCAGUUUGUGCAGCGGUGCCCACAGUGACAGGGUUGCUAGUCACUGCGGACACCGAUUCCAUGCCCAGUGUCUUCAGUCGUGGGGAGGAUUGACGACGUGCCCAAUUUGCGCUCAGGCGUCAAAUAGUAUCACGAGCAUCCCUCAAGCGACCCCUGUCAGCUAUGGUCUCGGUGGUGACAGUGUCUCGGUUUCUGGACUAACGACGGGACAGAACGAGCUGUCUUUGAACAGUGGUGGGGCUAUUAACAACAGCUCCGCCACUGCCAGCGGCGGCAACGCGGUGUCCAUUUCGCCGAGUUCUGUGGGAUCAGCACAAGUGACGGGAAUCAACAUCUUGCAGGUGAACAAUGCCGUACCAGGUGGACGCCCACCUCCGAUCGACACGCGCAUUGUUGAUAACCGCCUGGGUGCAACGACUUUGAGUGGCGAGAAGCGUGGCUCGACGUCUACUCGGUCGGGUUCGAGCAGCGGAGGGCGUGUUCGCAAGAACAAGAAGCUCAAAGACUGUUCCGUGCCAGGCUGUGAUCGCACGGUGCGCUCUCGCGGUCUCUGCAAGGGUCACGGAGGUGGCCGUCGUUGCGGAUACGCCGGGUGUGGUCUCAGCGAUCAGGGUGGAGGUUUCUGCAUCAGUCACGGCGGUGGCAAGCGUUGCCAGCAUGAAGGAUGCGACAACUCGGCGCAGUCACGUGGACUGUGCAAGUUGCACGGAGGAGGAAGCCGCUGCACUGUUCCUAACUGUACCAAGAGCUCUCAGGGUCGCGGACUGUGCCGUGCGCACGGUGGCGGUCGUCGAUGCAUGGUUGAAGGGUGCAACAAGACGGAUCGUCGUGCAGGCUACUGCGUGACUCACGGCGCCGACAAGAAGUGCAUCAUCCCGGAGUGCUCCAAGACCGGACGCAUCGACAACAUGUGCACCAAGCACUACUUCGAGCGCCACCCUGCCCAGCCGCCCGGAACUGUGAGCACGACUCCGCCUCCGGUCAUCACUGUCAAUGCUAACACCAGUGCUGCCAGAGCUCGAGCCGAGAGAAAGAGAGCCGCGGAACAGGCCGCCGCCGCCGCUGCUGCUGCCAACAGCUACGCGAUGACAUCGUCAAUGAUGCUUUCUGGCUCGGUUCCUGCCCCCAGCAUGCCCUGUGACGGACGGGUAAGCGGGGCGAUUACCAAGACUGAGCUGUUCUAG